CUACGGCCAGCUUUUCACUUAACUGCAGUUAGACUGGUUGGGUUAGCGAUAGUUGUUUAACCGGCUGUCGGUGACUGCCGUGGUGGCUUACUUGUGUUUACUAUCACUAACUAAGACAGUUUACUAACUACCUCUUCUGGAUUUGCCUCCGUCUUUUAAUUGAAAGUCGUCGGAAUUACAUUAGUUGAUAGGUAGCUUGAACCUGGUAUUUGCAACAUCGAGAAGCUACGCUAGCAGCGUCACCGUUACAGCUGACUGCUAGCACUUAGCAAAACGUGACAGUUUCUGAUUCUGCUGCGUAUCUUAUGGUGGUCAGCAUGCUGGAAUAAGUGAUGUACAGAGUGUUGAUAUUAACAAUGGCUGUUUUGGAGGUGCAAGGGUGCACUAAUGCAGAUAACUGCAAUACACAGUCAUCCAAUUCCUCCAAGGAUUUCUGUUACUCGGCUCGAAUCCGCAGCACUGUGCUCCAAGGACUGCCUUUCGGCGGGGUGCCGACUGUACUUGCUUUAGACUUUAUGUGCUUUUUGGUGCUCCUGUUUGUUUUCUCUUUCUUGAGGAAAAGAGCCUGGGACUAUGGGCGUCUCGCGCUGGUGACCGACGCUGACAGAAUGAUGGAUCAACGAUACAGUCGUCUGGAUGAACGGGAAUACAUGAACUUCUCCACCGUGCUGCAUGAGCCACAGAAAGAGGAUACAAGCAGUAUGGCCUCCACUGUGCCGUCGGAGACACCUGAACGCUACGAAAGGCUCACCUCAGUGUCAAGCUCAGUGGACAUUGACCAGAGAGACACCGGCUUCUGCUCCUGGCUAACCGCUGUCUUUCGCAUCAAGGAUGACGAGAUAAGGGAGAAGUGUGGUGAAGAUGCAGUAUAUUACCUAUCUUUUCAGCGCCACAUCAUUGGCCUGCUGGUUGUAGUGGGAGUGCUCUCUGUGGGCAUCAUUCUGCCCGUUAACUUCUCAGGAAACCUGCUUGAAAACAACGCCUAUAGUUUUGGACGAACUACAAUUGCUAACCUUAAUACAGAUAAUACACUGCUGUGGCUGCACACUACAUUUGCCUUUCUCUACCUGUUAUUGACGGUAUACAGUAUGAGACGGCACACGUCAAAGAUGCACUACAAAGAGGAUGAUCUGGUGAAACGCACUUUAUUUAUUAGCGGCAUCUCUAAAUAUGCAGAGGAAAGUGAGAUAAAGCAACAUUUUGAAAAAGCGUAUGAGAACUGCACUGUACUGGAAGCUCGCAUGUGUUACAAUGUGGCCAAGCUGAUGUAUCUCAACUCUGAAAGGAAGAAGACGGAGCGCAGCAAGAAGUUCUAUCUGGACCUUCAGUCCAAAGAGCACGAAAAAACCAUGAUCAACCCGAAGCCUUGUGGUCAUCUUUGUUGUUGUGUCAUUAAAGGCUGUGAGCAGGAAGAGGCUGUGAGUUAUUACACCAAGCUGGAGGCACAGUUAAAAGACGAGUACAGGAAGGAGAGAGAAAAGGUUAACAAGAAACCUUUGGGCAUGGCCUUUGUCACCUUUCAAAACGAGACCAUAACGGCCAUAAUUUUAAAAGACUUUAACGCUUGCAAGUGUCAAGGCUGUCACUGCCGACGCGAGCCCAAGAGCUCUCCGUUCAGCUCCAGGCUGCAUACGCACAACUGGACCGUCGCCUACGCCCCUGAUCCACAAAACGUCUACUGGGAGCAUCUUUCAGUGGUAGGAGUCUCGUGGUGGAUCCGCUGCUUCAUCAUCAACUGUGUCCUCUUUCUUCUUCUUUUCUUCCUCACCACCCCGGCCAUCAUCAUCUCCACCAUGGACAAGUUCAACGUCACCAAACCAGUGGAGUACCUAAAUAAUCCGAUCAUUACCCAGUUCUUCCCCACCCUCCUAUUGUGGUCCUUCUCCGCCUUACUUCCUACCAUUGUCUAUUACUCUGCUUUCUUCGAAGCCCACUGGACUCGGUCAGGAGAAAACCGAACCACGAUGCAUAAAUGUUACACUUUUUUGAUCUUUAUGGUCCUGUUGUUACCCUCCUUAGGACUCAGCAGUUUGGACGUUUUCUUCCGGUGGCUGUUUGACAAAAAAUUCUUGGCAGAUGCAACGUUGAGAUUUGACUGUGUUUUCCUCCCAGACAAUGGCGCUUUCUUUGUGAACUACGUGAUUGCGUCUGCAUUCAUUGGUAAUGCCAACGACCUGCUGAGGAUUCCUGGUUUACUGAUGUACAUGAUCCGUCUCUGUUUGGCUCGUUCCGCUGCUGAGCGGAAAAACGUUAAAAAGCAUCAAGCCUAUGAGUUCCAGUUUGGAGCAGCUUAUGCCUGGAUGAUGUGUGUCUUCACUGUGGUUAUGACCUACAGCAUUACUUGUCCCAUCAUCGUCCCUUUCGGCCUGAUGUAUAUGCUACUCAAGCACCUAGCAGACAGAUACAACAUGUACUACGCCUAUCUGCCGUCCAAACUGGAUAAGAAAAUCCAUGUUGGAGCUGUCAACCAAGUGGUGGCCGCUCCUAUUCUGUGUCUGUUUUGGCUUCUUUUCUUUUCAACACUUCGUUCUGGCAUUUCUGGUGCAACAUCCGUGUUUACCUUUGUGGUUUUGAUCAUCACCAUCAUCAUUUGCCUCUCUCAUGUCUGCUUUGGACAUUUUAAGUAUUUAAGUGCCCACAACUACAAGAUCGACACUCAGGAUGUGGAUGGGAUGGAGAGUGGACCCUCUGCAUGCUCUUUAGCUGCCAGCAAAGUAACUCAAAUGUACAUCGCCCAAGUACUUCAGGACCCAAAUUCGGAGGAGGCUGGCUCAGGCAGCGGUGAGGACGAUGGCCAGGGGUCAUCGCAGGACGAGGAAAUAAUCAAUGUUGAGAACGGCAUGAACUUCCAGUCUGGUGAGGACAGCCUCAUCGAUAAUGAGGUGCGACACUGAGACUACCUGGGACAGGAAGACAAGUUAACUCGAUGAAUGCACUGAUUGUGCAAAAUUAACGUGGAACUGAACCAACGGUCCACCAAAGCAUCUCAACCUCUAAGGGACCUCACCCUAACUAACAUAAGCACACGGUCUACUAAGGAUUAAAAGGAUUUUCUCUUAAGGACGUCAUCUUCAUAGUUUUUCAUCAAGCAGCAGAUGUGGAGCAGGGAGAAACUACUGGCUGUACACUGAUGAAAAACACCCCAAAUACUGCACAUAGACCAAUGCAAGCAGACGCCAUUGCACAAACGAAGAUGGCUGUUGUUGCCCUUUCUGUGAGAGGAGAGAAGUUCUCUGUUUCCUUAACUUCAUUGCACUUGAAUGAAAGAAUCAGUAAGCUUGAGUUUUACUACGGUACGGCAGUAUGGCGAACAGAAUCAAAAGAUGGAGAAAUUCUUCCCAUAAUGCUUUGCUAGCAUCUCUGUCUGCAAUGGGUGCUUCCCUUGAACAAGAAGCUUAUAGAAAAUGAGAGCAAGAGAUUGUAUGUCCGUUGAUAGCUUAGUUAGUGCAGAUGCAAUGUUCUUCAAUGGUUCUUCCAAUUUACAAACCUUUAACUAGAAAAAAAACUUUUGCUACUAACACUCCUGAGAGCUUCGACUCUGAACAUGUAAAACUAGAUUUGUGUAAUAACCUGUUCUGACCUGGUAUUUAUUUGUAGGCAUGAGCUUUUUUUAUUUUAUUUUAAUCAUCCAGUUUAAUUGACCCCCUAACUUUAUAUAAUUAUGUCACACUACAGCGAUCUUACCCGGUCUCUGAGCCUUGGUUGGGACCACUGCUACUGAUGUUGCCCCCAGAAGGGGAACAUCCUUGCACCGGUGCCGCCGGAUGACUGGAGGCGGAAGGUGUGGAUCCUUCUGCAUUCCUCAGAGGGAGAGAAAGAUCUUUUUGUUUUGUUCUCCUGGGUCAAUUUCAGACAACAUUAUAACUAGUUAAUUUUUUUGUUUUCAUACAUAUCUUCUCACUAAUGUUUACAUCUUACAGUGAUUUUGACACAAAUAUUAGGUGACCGCUUUUAAUUUUAUCGUUUUAAAUCACAUCAACCCCACUUUAGGGCUAACAUGUACUUUUAUUCACACCCUUCAUUUUGUAUUCAGGAUGCUUUGUUACAAGUUCCUUUUCUUCAGUACUUUAAUCACAGAGUAUAGAUUGUUUAACUCAAAUUGAGUGUUUUUUGCGAUAAUGUGUCAAAUCUUGGCUGCAUAAGAAAGUUUAGCACUUACAUUUGAUGACUAAUGAAGACGUACAGCAACUAUUUGUCCUGGUGUCCAAUAGUCCCUUUGAUUAAGAUUGUAGAAACCAGUGAAGGAAAAUGUAGCCAAUUUGCUGUGUCUCGAGUCAUCAAAUCUUAUUAAUCCCGAGUGCAGAUCCAGUGCUGGAAGGCACGUUUGAUUGUAAAGCACGCAGGCUCAAAGUUUUAACAUUUUGCCGAGCUGCCUUCUUCAUACAAAACACGUUUUUUUGUUUUAAAUCUGACCAAAUAACCAACUUUAAUGUGAAUCAUUAUGCCCACACGUAUCAUUUUGCUCAGGAUCUCUAACUUCUUGUUGCUUUAAUUUUAUUCGUCUCAGUGAAAACACUACGAGUUGAUGGAUCAGUGGGGGAAUUCAUCAAAACACGUAUUUAAUCAUUUCAGGAAAUAGUUGACUAAAUGAGCCAUCACAUAUGAUCGACUGGAGGGCAUCACCCUCAGUGUGAGCAGAAAAGGAAAAAGCAAAACGUUUUCCGACACUCUGUAAGCACCACGAGUUUAUCACCUUCAAUAGUAUUGAUUGACACCACUCUGGGUGAUGCUCCUCUGGUCAUGAUUAAGUGACUUUAGUCCUAAUGAUUUGUACCUGCUUUUGAGAUGUCUGUAAACCUGUGAAUGUUACCUGUGAAACUAACAAAACACUAUUCAUCCUCCACGGAGAUGUUCGAACUCUCAGCCUGUCUAACAGCUCCUGCUUUUACGCACUGAUUGUACGUUUAUACCACAAGCUUUCCUUAGAUGAACGUGGCCUAUAAGUCUUAGUGUCACUGCUGUAUUUCAACAGCUUAGAGUGAAAAACAUGAAAAAUGGCUCUCGCUAAUCAGGAAUUGAACAUUUAUACUGUAUCAUGUAAGUCAUUGGUGUCCAGUCUAACGUCUCGUCAUUUCAUUUUAUUAGAUUUGUGUUUGUCAGUGGUUUUCGAUUUUUUUUAGGAGAAUUCCAAGUUUUUAAUUUUGUGUUCUGUUGUUAUUCAUUAGUUCUGUGUAGCUAGCCGGAGUAACUGGAAACAAAUGCAAUGUUUUUUUUGUUGUAAACAAUGAAGCUAACAUGUUUUUGUUUUGUGUCUACCAUGAAUUCACAAAAGGUAGUAAAAAUGUCUAAAAGAAAAGCACAGUUUGUAUGUGUUUUAUGUGCUUUGGCUUUUUAUUAUGGUGAUUCUUCUUGCUGAAGUAAGACUCGCACAUUUUAGCAUUUUCCCUCAUUUUAUCAA